AUGAGAAAAAAGAUUGUACUUAAUGCUCACACUGAAAAUCAUUACUAUCUUGCUUGUACGUAAAGAGAAGCCAUGUUGUCGACGUUGCUCAACCCGCUGCCAUAUCACAUCCUAGCAUACGGGACGUUUCUGGGCAGUCAACUCUACCAGUCCUUCAUCAACACAAACAUCUGCUUCCGCUCCCUUCCACCCCAAAACUUCAAUAACCUCAACAAACGCUUGUUCCCGGUCUAUUUCCGGUGUCAGCUUGGCUUCGCGGUACUCACUUUUGUUACAAGACCGCCGGGAACAUGGCUGCAGUUGUCGGCUGUUAAUGACGUUGGGAAUCUAUUGUUGGGGUUGGCGACGGUGAUGGCUGGGUUAAAUUGGUACAUCUUUGGGCCGAGGACAAGUGAUGCGAUGGUUGAGAAGGCUAGGGUGUUGAAAGAGGUUCAAGAUGAGAAAGAUGGAGAUAAUGUCAAGGCUGAGGGUAGUCAUGAUUCUGCAGAGACAGACGCGUUUGUCGCCAAAGUGAAGAAGACUUUCUCUAGGAAUCACGCCAUGUCGAUUCAUCUCAAUGCGAUCGCCAUGAUCGCUACUGUGGGUUAUGGUUUCGUACUAGGUGGAAGACUGCAAUUGAAGUGACCUGGAUUGCUAUUAGAU